GGUGUGGGGCCUGACAAAAAAACAAAGUUUACAUUUGUAGGGUAUCUCUGGCAGCUUUUUGUAAAGAUGCUCAACCGCGACGUGCUGCUCUUUGGAACGGUUGCUGGAUCUGUGCUGGCUGCCUUGACUGUUGUGUUUUAUCACCUCUACGGCUGGGGGUUUUGGUUUUUGGAGCAUGCCUACCUCUACCACCUGACCAGGAGAGACAUCCGUCAUAACUUCUCUCCCUAUUUCUACAUGUUGUACUUAACUGCAGAGAGCAAAUGGAGUUUUGCCCUUGGGCUCGCAGCUUUCCUGCCCCAGCUGCUGUUGCUCCUGGUUGUGUCCGUAGCGUUUUACAGAGACCUUGCCUUCUGUUGUUUCCUGCACACUGCUAUUUUUGUGAGUUUUAACAAAGUAUGCACAUCCCAGUACUUUGUCUGGUAUCUCUGCCUUUUGCCCCUUAUAAUGCCUAGUGUUAAGAUGUCCUGGCGUCGUGGUGUGCUGCUUCUCUUUCUGUGGUUUGUUGGACAAGGCCUCUGGCUUGCUCCUGCGUACUUUCUGGAGUUCAAAGGAUAUAACACUUUUAUAUAUAUAUGGUUGGCAGGCUUGCUUUUCCUUUUUAUUAACAGCUUCAUAAUUGUUCAGAUAAUUUCACAUUAUCAAAAAGAAACACAAGUUGCAAAAAAACUCAAACAACAGUAA